UGACAGUCUUUGUAUGGGGCAUUAGCUUUGAAUACAUCCGUGCGAACUUCAGCAAUCUUAGUGUUAUCGCAAAUGAUGUCCCCGAGAGUUCGCUGAAGUAAAUUUGAUAUCUGCUCAAGUUGUCAAUGGGGAGACAAUCGUCAAAGCAUUCAACAUCCAACAUGGUCAGCAAGAGCUCAAUCAUCGUGCUAGUCAUGAACCUUUCACUCAGCUGGGCCUGCAGUACCCUUCCCACGCCCAAUGGCACGCCCACGCCUCUUCCUUGUGUGUUUCCUUUCAAGUACAGAGGUCUGAAAUUUGACAAAUGCACACCCGAGUUUGAUCAAAACAAGAAGCCUUGGUGCUCGGUCAAGGUCAACAGUGAAGGUGAUCACUUAAGUGGGGCCGGUCUUUGGGGACACUGUGAUCUCACCACGUGCCAAGAUGAAUCUCUGCGAAGACAAAACAACUCUGAAGUUGAAAACGUGUCUUGCAAGACGCUUGCAGUGAACAGUCCAACAGUUCAGGACUGCGUCUUUCCUUUCACAUUUGAAGGCAUAGUUUUCCAUACCUGCACUUCAAUAUUUGAUCGAGAUGAUAGACUCUGGUGUUCCAUCAAAACGGACAACUCUGGUAAUCACAUCUCUGGCAAUUGGGAUUACUGCCAAUGCUCAGAAAAUGAUGCUUCUACCAACCAAGAUCGGGCAAUAAACAUCGACAGCAAUCCGCUGGAGACGGACAAAUCGGAUUCCACAUGUGCCACAAAUAUCAUCUUCAAUAAUGCAUUUCCCCAAGACGGCGAUUAUCUCCCGGAUCUCAUGGAUUGCGGUAGUAAUGACGCUGCAGCCUUUGUUGUGGGAGGCGAGGACGCUCGUCCAGGAGAGUUCCCUUUUGCUGCAGCCAUUGGAUACAAGACCGACACACCGUCGGGUGAAAGAGUGGUCUACAGAUGCGGGGGAAGCUUGAUUAAUCGGCGUUAUGUUCUCACGGCAGCCCAUUGUCUGCCAGAAGGCAGCAACUACUAUGAGGUUAAAUUGGGUGACACAGACUUCAAAGAAGAUUGCGAUUGCUUGCCCGCAUUCCGGGGCAAAACUUUAUGCAUGCCAAAGCCUCAACGGAUCUUAAUUGAAUCCGUGGUCAAACAUGAGCAGUACUUUGGACCGCAAGAUAAGUACAAGAACGACAUAGCCCUGAUUCGACUAGCUCAACCGGCUCAAAUCACUCAAGGAGUGCGACCCAUCUGCCUACCUAUCAAUGAAAACAAACUCAAAGAAGCCUUUGAUAUCUCAAACCUCAUUGAUGGGUUGGUGUCUGAUAUCACUGAUACAAUAAUCAUAGGGUGGGGCAAGGUGACCAUCCAGGACAAAUUCGACAGCUCGCAAUCUAAUGUCCAGACAUCAGUGCUCCAAAAGGCUGACAUACCCGUCCGGCCGUUCAGUCAUUGUGAACGGACCCAUCGUGGCGAACAAAUUGACAACGAAUCCCAAUUUUGCGCCGGGAUUAGGGGACGAGACGUCUGUUCCGGGGACAGCGGGGGGCCUCUCUUCAAACGUGGACCCAACAGCAUGAUGAUUCAAUUUGGAAUCGUCUCCUAUGGAGAUCGUCGGUGUGCCCGUGCUAGGCCAGCUGUCUACACGAGGGUUACGAAAUUUGUUCCCUGGAUUCAGGCGAACUUGAAGAAAUAAAGUACAAAUUUGAGCAAUACGAGGUUGGGUGAUGUAAAACGGUGUGUUCUAUUUCAACACAACAACACAAGGACUCUUUUAAUCAUUCUUGUCAAUGAAAAUGUAAUGAAAUCUCAUUAUAAGAACUUCAGUUAUAAGAACCAGUCUGGUACUCAUGAUUUUUUAACUGUCUACAACAGAAUUUGGGCACAACAGCUGCGUGGUGACCAAUAAAAUGAACAAUAAGA